AUUUCCUUUUUUUUUUUCUUUGUCUAGGGUUUUUGGCAAUAGUAUAUAUAUACAGUUGCAUAGAGAUUCACCAAACUCUCUCGCAUUCAUCACAAUGGCUUUUUCUUCUCUUCUCAAACCUACCGCAUCCCUUGUUCGACCUUCUCAUCGAUCUCAGGCAUCAUGUGCAGGACUUCAUCACAGUAGUAAUUCUGUUAAAUUACAAUCGUCUGUCUUCGGAGAUGCUGUGACAAUUUUGCAAUCUUCGUCUUUACAAAAAUCUGGUGCCUGCAGUAUUCAACCUAUCAGAGCAACUGCUACUGAGCUGCCUCCAACAGUUCCAAGGUCACAGACUGGUGGGAAGACAAGGAUUGGUAUAAAUGGUUUUGGACGUAUUGGGAGAUUGGUUUUACGAAUUGCAACAUUCAGGGAUGAUAUUGAUGUGGUCGCAGUUAAUGACCCAUUUAUCGAUGCAAAGUAUAUGGCUUACAUGCUCAAGUAUGAUUCCACUCAUGGAGUCUACAGUGGAUCCAUCAGUGUCCUGGACGAUUCUACUUUGGAAAUCAAUGGGAAGCAGAUUAAAGUCAGUAGCAAAAGGGAUCCCGCAGAUAUUCUAUGGGGUGAUUUAGGUGCAGAUUAUGUUGUUGAAUCUUCUGGUGUCUUCACAACUAUUGAUAAGGCCUCAGCACAUAAGAAGGGUGGUGCAAAGAAGGUCGUAAUCUCAGCACCAUCAGCUGAUGCACCUAUGUUUGUGGUAGGAGUGAAUGAGAAAACUUACAAAGCCAACAUGGAUGUUGUUUCUAACGCUAGCUGUACUACCAAUUGCCUUGCUCCCCUUGCCAAGGUGGUUCAUGAAGAGUUUGGCAUUGUUGAGGGACUAAUGACUACUGUGCAUGCAACAACAGCUACCCAAAAGACUGUUGAUGGCCCAUCAAUGAAGGAUUGGCGAGGAGGCCGUGGUGCAGGACAAAACAUCAUCCCUAGUUCAACUGGUGCUGCUAAGGCAGUAGGAAAAGUUCUGCCAGAAUUGAAUGGGAAGCUCACUGGAAUGGCGUUCCGUGUCCCAACACCUAAUGUCUCUGUUGUUGACUUGACUUGCCGGCUAGAUAAAAGUGCUUCUUAUGAUGAUGUGAAAGCAGCGUUAAAGUAUGCAUCAGAGGGUCCACUUAAAGGCAUUUUGGGUUACACAGACGAGGAUGUUGUCUCAAAUGAUUUUGUUGGCGAUUCCAGGUCGAGCAUAUUUGAUGCUAAAGCUGGUAUAGGCCUAAGCAAAUCAUUCGUGAAGCUCGUCUCCUGGUAUGAUAACGAGUGGGGUUACAGUAACCGAGUAUUGGACCUCAUCGAGCACAUGGCGUUGGUAGCAGCCACCAAUUAAAAUACAAGAUAAUAGUAGCUACUGCAGAGUUUGGCGCAAGCAACCAUUUGUAUUUGAAAAAGUUGUGGAGUAGAAUGCUCCAUUUUGGUUAUGGAUUGAGUUUCCUUACUGUCGUACUUUAGUUUAAAAUAAUGAACAGUUGGACAUGUAUGAUUACAUACGUCUUUUCACAAGGAUGUAAUUUUAUACACUUGCUACUAUGGAGAGGUGGCAAUUUUUUUGCUUAAAAGGAGAUCAUAAAAUUUGUUAA